UUUUUUAAUCUCCAAUACUUUAUGCUCACAAAAAAGUUGGAUAUAACACUACUUCAUAUUCAUCUCAAAGAGAGAGAGAAAAAAAAGCAUUAAGUAUAUGAAACUUAAAGUGGAAAUAGAAGAAAACAAAUUAGAAAGUUCAUUGUUCCACCUUCUUGUUUUUGUAGUCUCAAACUGAUGGCAUUAACUUCUUCUUCUUCUUCUUCUUCUUCUUCUCUGAAUUUCUCUCUUUUGAAAACUGGCCUUUCAGUUUCAUUUAAGCCUAUUACAAGAAUUUGGAUGGUUAAGCCUACAAGACUUCCUCUCAAGAAUUCGUUUUCCCUGCGGAUCAGAUCUUCUAUGAAGAACAAGGUUUUCGAGGAUCAGUCGGAAGGGGUGAUCUGUUACGCAGACGAGAAUGGGGAGAUCAUUUGCGAAGGAUAUGAUGAGGGUCCUCGGUUUCAUCAAAACGUUUCCGAAAAAGGAAACAAUCAAAGAGAGGCAGAGAUUAUUGAUCUACUACUAAAACAAACUUGGAUUCAACUAGGGAAAGGUGUUGGGGGAGAGCUGAGCCAUGCUGAAAAAGAAGUAGCUGUUAGAAAAGACUUGAAUAUUAAUGGCUUCAACUCCUUCUGCUAAUCUAAAUAUGGUUCAUUCUUUUGGAUCAUAUUCAAACAUAAAGAUGCUUCUACUUCCUAUGUUCAGUGUAAAAAGACAUUGUUUUAAUUUGAGUAAUUUUUAGUAGAUCUACUUUCUUAUGUAUCUGAA